AUGGACGAUCGUAAGCCAGAGCAGAAUGGUCAUAUAUCAACGAAUAAACCGGGUAUUUAUCUACCACCGAUGGCAUCACAUCCAACGCUACAAACUUUCGUUGGUCCAUCAGCCAGUUACUCUCAAAAUAGCGCAGAAAGGGUACCACCAAUAUAUAGACACCUACACGAUCAUCCACCACCUGAAUUUAGCUCACAGCAGCCAAAACCUGCGCAAUAUUCACAGAAAAAGCCCAAGCGUAAAUCUCAGACUGAUGCUUCCCCGGAUAGCUCUGCCGUUGAUCAACAGACUGGGCAGCCAAUAAAGAAGCGGCAGAGAACCGCCAGAAGUUGCGAUAGCUGCAGAUCUCGGAAAAUUAGAUGUGACUUCUUACCUGAUGAAGACCCGCCUUGCUGUAAACAUUGCAAACAUAAUGGUCUACCAUGUACCAGCAACCUUCCUAUUUCUGAGACACGAUUCAAGAAACGCUCAAGCUCGGCAUAUGCACCUGAAACUACACCUAUACUGCAAGCACAGCCACAGCCGCAAUCACAAUCACAGUCGCAACCGCAACCACAACCACCACCACUGCAACCACCAUCACAACCUCAACCUCAACCUCAACUACAACCACAACCACAACCACCACAGCGUUUACCACAGCCGCAACCGCUCCGUCAACUUUCUGUUCCAAUGGACGUUCCACCUUCAGGUGUUAACAUCAGCGUCCCAAGCGCACCACCACCGCCUUCUGGCUUCCCGAUAAGACUUCCACCAAUUGGUCGCGAAAAUAUGAAAUUACCACCGUUGAACUCUGAAUCAAGAAUGCUGGGUCCAACGUCUAUAUCUUAUCUGGUACACUCUCAGGCGCAACUUCCUACAUCUGUAGAGCGCAACCUGAAAGACGUAGACGAUCGUUAUCAUCAGAAAAGCAGUCUGACUCCGAAUGGAGAUGGUUGGAUACACCAAAUGCAAAAUAGACCGGGAAGUUCGCAUGACAGAAUUCAAAAACCACCAACGAUACAAAAGGAAAUUUCACAAACACGACAAACUAAUGAUUUACCAUUAGACGAAGAAACUAAGCAGAUGUUACUAGAUAUCUACUUCAGUGAAAUAGCUCCAAUAUUUCCAGUUCUCACAAGUGAGGAAUUUUACAGCCAUCCUCAUCCCUUGCUAUUAAAAGCUUGUUGCGUUAUAGCAGCAACCGGUCGUCAAGUACCCCUAGAAACAUUGAACGUUUGUCGAUCAGCCCUCAACGAUUCAUUAGCUGGCUCUACACUUUCACGUUCUUCUCUUGUUACAAUCCAAGCAUUGCUUAUUUGCUCACUCAACACAGAUGCUCAUUCGACGGCCUUGGGAUCCUCAGGUAGCUCAAUCUGGCUCAGGAGUGGUGCAGCUAUCCGUAUGGCACAUGAUUUGGGAUUACACAAGGAAUCGAAUGAAUGUACACAGUGGGAAUCAAACCGCAGAAGGAGAGUAUGGGCAGCAGUCGUCAUAAUGGACAGAUGGGCAUCAUGUGCUCAUGGAUUACCAAUGACUAUCAAUCUUGUUGAUUGCGAUGUUCUCUUACCCUCUCCUUUUGAGUUCUACAAAGAUGAACAAAGUGAAGAUGUCAAACCAAUAAUUAAAGAAGAUGAAAACAAACCUUAUUCAUUUUUCGUCGAGAUGGUGAAAAAUUCUGUUUUAUUAGGGCGUAUUCUUCAAACACUUUACAGUGCUGUUGGAUUGCGGCUCGUUACUGAUGAACAGCUUUUCAGUCUUGCCGCUGAUAUAGAACACUGGAGGGAAGAUCUUCCUAACAAUCUUAAGUUCACAGGUAGUUCAUCAAGUCCUCAAGCUGGCGUUUUACAAAUGGCUUAUGUUACGCUCUGUCUCUUACUCUUCAGACCAAUGAUGCGCGCUUCAGAGAAUGAGAUGUCCGAUGAGCUGAAACACACGCUUGAUGAAACACGUUGGAAUAAGGUAUACAUAGCUUCUACUGAAUGUAUAGACUGGGUUUACCAGAAUCAGAAAAUUAUGGAUCACUGGUUUAUUGCCGUGUACUGCCUAUGUUCUUGCGCUCUAAUCCAACACCAUACCUGGGUUAGACUACAAGAUGAGCGAGCUUUGGACAGUUUGCAUAAGGUCGUCGAGAUCCUCGAGCAAUGGCAAAGAGGAGGCGGAGGAGAUGACGCAAUCACCUGGCGUAAUAAACUUACUGAUAUUAUACACAUACUCAACAAAUCUGCGACAAGAGCUAAAUCAGGUACUCAAUCUGUUUCCGAACCAGAUGGAUCGAGAAUGCGUAGAAAUACAUCCCAAUUGCGUUACUCUGAGGAUAAGAGGAGCGAUUCGAGCGGUGGUUUCAACCAAAAUCAAUCGACAUUCACUGGUGUAGUAGAAUCACAACAACAACAGCCACCAUACGCGGCAGGAGCUCAGAAUGGUGUUAUGUCAUAUGCAGCUUUAUCCACAAAUAGAGAUGAUCUCGAGUCAGUUCAAUCACCUUUCCAAAUCGGCCAAACUCCCUCUUAUCCAAACCAGCCUAUUUAUAGCUCAGUCAUUGAUGAUAGUACACCCCAUCAUGCCUUUUUUGAUCUCAACGCGUGGGAUGUUUUGAUGCAAAAUUUCCAUCCUGUUGGAUCAUCAGGUGGUGGUAAUGCAACUACGCCUAACCAUGGAGUGGCUGAUGUACAUCCUCCUCAAAAUACACAAAAUUCUGCAACUAACGCCAUCCCUAACGUCACUUACGGUCAUACAAAACCAUCAUUUAACAAUUUAUAACGUUUUAUUUGGAAACAAUUCACAUAAUUUUAUAUAUUUUUACUUGUUG